UCCAACUCUUUAACGGAAUUCGGCCAUCUUCAGUAUUCUCGUGUCUUCUCAUACUACUACAGAGAAGCAUUCCAACGGGACUUUGCAUUAGUUUUAUCAUCAACUUCAAGGGCAGCUUCAUCUUUCCCGCUACUGCGGAAAAUUGCAUCAGAAGUAACUGCAGAAGCACUACCAUGUUAUUGUAUGACAUGUUCAACAUCCUGCUGUUCCGUCCUUAUUAAUUGGGUUAAUGAUGUCAGUAACGAUAACAAACUCAAAGAUAGGAAUAAUUCCUCUUUUGGUAAUAGGACUUUUCUUUCACUACGCGCAAGGUCGGCUGCGCCAUUGCUAUGUGUGCCGAUCACGUGGCGAACUGGGUGACUGCAAAGAUCCUUUCAUGCUCAAUGCCACUAGUGUAGAAGACGUGAGAGGAGUUGAGGCAGUACCUUGUGCUUCAGGGUGGUGUGCUAAAAUUAUAGAAGGACAAAAUGACGAUUUCGACACAGCUACGGAAAGGAUGUGUGUCCAGCGACCUCCUGCGGAUGGCGAAGAACGUUGUUCAAACACGAUUAUUGACAAGGAACCCGUCUUUAUGUGCUUCUGCUAUGGAGAUCUCUGCAACGCCGCCCGUCGGCCCAUUGUGCCGCUUAUUACCAUAAUCUUUAUGUUGCUUCUAAAUCAUAUGAGAGGCAUCUGAUAUUGAGAAAUUCCGAAAGAAGACAGACUGUCAUCCUUCGAAGACUCAAUUCUAAAUGCCAGUACUUUCAAGCAAUAUUAAUUGCUACUUUUAAGAACUAAAUGUCUGGAAAAUAGAAAUUGUCCAAUUUCUAGAGAAAUUUAGUGAGUUGUAAGUGCAAUUAGUACAUACUGGAAUCUUUUAAAUAUAUUGGAAAGGUCCAGUUCAGUUCUGUAGGACUUACCUCAGAAUGUUCAAAAUAACUAGUCGCAACCCUUUUAUGAGUAAAAAUGCAUAAAUCAUAUUUCUAACAAAUAAACAGGAAAAAAACAAUUUGUUAUUUCUGUAAUGAAUGCUGUUCAGUAUCAUCAUCUUGCACUAUAAUAAGCGAUGGUAAGCUGCAUCUGCGUCAGCAGUAUCUCAUAAAUUAUUUCCAUCUCAAGCAUAAUAAAUUUUAUCGAAGAUUUGAAGUUGCCACUUGCCGUAAAUUGUGCAUUGGCAUUUUAGUAAGCGACUUCGACAUGUAAAUGAGCCUUUCUUUUUCAAUUCGAUUAUACAAUAUUUUACCUUUAUUUUCUGACAGUGCAGAACCAUGUUAAUUCUAGCUACUUCUUUUUGUUUCCAAGAUGCUCAGUUUUUGAAAACUUCUUUCACGCUUCAGUUUGGAAAAUGCCUUAUUUUUUUUUAUUUAAUGUUUUUAAAGAAUGGUAUAUUUUCUAGAGUAUUCUGAAAUCGUAAACAGUUCUUUGCUUAUGAUAUUUCAAGCAUGACCUUCUUCAAACAAACGCGAUCUUUCAUAUAAAUACAUAUGAGUGUUUUUUAUAUUAAACAUUUUGUUUCGAAUAUUUUCUACAAAUAAAAAUAUCUACGUCCAUCACCGUAAUUCUUCCUACAGAACUUGUAAAGCAGUUCUCCCUCCUUCGGUUCCCAUCCUGCUGAUUAAAGCCUUUACAAGUGGCGCCCAAACUAAAAUAUGAUAGGUGGUAAUUCUCACCUCCAGGAUUUGGCGACUGGGUCCUCUCCUACCCAGUCGCUCUGUAUAAGAGGAGUAGUAUGUAAGGCAUAUUCUUUCCCCUUACUGCGUGUCUUUGUGAUGAAAUUGAAAACACGUCCGGCUAGUAUCGGAGGGUUCGGAUUUCGAGUCCCAACGAGAACAUUGCUCGUUUUUCACAUUUCCGACUACAGCACUUUACUUAAAAAUUUUUAAUGUACCAAUUCAAAUUGACUAAAAUUAUGAUACUCCUAAAACACUCAAAAGCCAGUUACCUCUAUAAGACAUUUUGAUUGCAACCUGGAGUAAUCACCAUCAGAUUUCUAGAUCCCGAGCAGAAAUAUGAGCAUGAAAAUCCUUCCGUGGUUCCUAUUAUGGUUUCCAUCGAAUCCAUCGAUAUCGAUGAUGUUUCCUUCCAAAAAUUAAAAUCAAUUCUUUGUUACAGAAAUAAUUAAAAUUACUUCAAACAGACAUUUAUCAUUAGACAUUUUAACCUAUGAAAAGAAAGAAAGUUUUCUUCUGUGAUAGUUUUAAUUAUUGUAAUUUAAAUUGUAACAAUUGAAAAGACAAAGGUUACUGAAUAUAAACAACUAGAACUUUUUUAUCUAUCAGUAACUUGUAGAGACAUUAGGUAUUUUGGGGGGGUGGGGAAAGCAGGCAAGAUGAAAAAUUAGCAAUGCCUUCGCCAGGAAUCGAACGCGGACCUCUCAAUUACGCGCUGAGUGUGCUGACCACUACACCAUGAAGGCUCGCUAAGAAAGCGGGAGAAAUACCUUAUAACCUUAACAAGGUACGUGUCAGUAUACUCAUGUCUUUUGAAAAAUAACAUACAAUAACUGUUUAAAGAAAUAAGUUGUUUUUUUUAAACAGACCUACAUUCCUAUUCAUCGAGUUUAAUAUAAAUAAUACGCUAUAGGCUGUGUGAGAGAGGUGCAGAGGAUUACAAGAAAACCUCUUUUUAUUUUGCAGUACAGGGGGAAAAGAGAAAGAGGUAAAAAGAAAGAAAAAGCAAAAAAAAGAAAAGAAAGAGAGAGUAGAAAGAAAUAAAGAAAAUAUUUUUUUCGUAAUGUUUAUCUAUCACUAAGAGCAAAAUAAAUAAAAAAUUAGAAGUCAAAAAUAUAAAAUUUAAAGUUUUAAUUUUCAGUUAUGAGAUGUGAAAUUCAUACCGACUGUUAUUUAUUAAUAUAAAACAUAGUUCGAAAUAUUUUCAUAACAUCCUUUGUUAACCAAUCAUUUUACAAUCAACAAACUUUUGAUGUAAUUGCAAAUAAUUGUCGAGCUUCUUCUGAGUUUAUUAGAUACAUGUAUUGAAAAAACUAUGUGCAAACAGUUUUAGAAGUGUAACAAAUUAUGAUAAGCUAUAAGAAGUUAUACAGAUGCACCCUUAAAAUAAUAACUGAUAACAUUGCUAAGUACAUUUAAUUGUCUUUGCUUUGAUAUGAAUAUUUUUGAUAUAGAAAUUGAUCAAAUUCGAAACGAAAAUUUCUGUAUUUGCAUAAAAUUACUUAGUUUGCUUCCCCAUACAUUGUUUUAAAUCUUAUUUUUUUUUUCUUUUGAGAGAAAUUAUGAGAAAUUCAUUUCAUUUCAUCUGUUCCAUUAUUUCUCUCUCUCUCUUUUCUUUAUAUGUUGACGUUUAGAAUUUAAAUCUUAUAAAGUUUUAAUAAGCAAAAUCCAAAGUACGAAUCUUAAUAUAACGGGUUACAUUUGUUAAUCUACUGCAACAAAACAUUCGAGGUCUAUUUGCAACUGUAAUGGGUUAUGAUAUGCAAGUCCAGCAAAAAACCUCCGAAAAUAUCAAUAAAUGUCUGAAAAAACUUCUACAAAGAUUUAAUAAGUUGUACAAAUUAUUAUACAUUGUACUCUCUAAGAUGUACGAGGAAACAUAUGUAAAGUUAGUAUUUAAAAUAAUAUUAUUUGCUGUACAUUAUUUUAAUAAUUUUGUAAUAAAGUAUAUUUUUAUA